ACACUUCACUUCAGAGUUGCUCUGUUUUCCUCCAUUUCUCGAUUAGGGUUAGGUACUGCGAGGAAGAAGAAGAGGAAGGAGAAGAAAAAUCAAGAAGGGAAUAGGAAAAAUGGGGUUCUCAAUGCAGCCAUACGGGAUUUAGGCUAUGCUGAAAGAAGGGCACAAGCAUCUGUCUGGUUUUGAGGAGGCAGUUCUGAAGAAUAUUGAUGCUUGCAAGGAGCUCUCUGCUAUCACACGCACAUCUCUAGGCCCUAACGUUUUAUUUUCCAAAUUAUUCAAUAAUUUUUUAUUUUUUGGAUUUGAAAUGAAUGAAACAGAGGAUGGUGUCGAAUUACUCACUGUUAAGAGAGCAAAUCCGCCAACAUAAAACCAUGAACUUGUUACUUUCCCCCAUUUGAGCAGUUUUUAUUUGUCUUGUUUCUCUGAUUCUUUUUUCUAUAGAAGGGUUCCGUAAUUUUCCUUGUAAUUUCUUUGAACUCAGGUAUGAAUAAGAUGGUUAUAAAUCAUUUGGACAAGCUGCUUGUCACAAAUGAUGCUGCUACUAUUGUAAAUGAGGUUGAGGUUCAACGUCCUGCUGCCAAGAUAUUGGUUCUGGCAGGGAAGGCUCAACAGAAAGAAAUUGGUGAUGGUGCUAAUUUGACCAUUUCGUUUGUUGGAGAGCUCCUCCAAAAUGCAGAGGAGCUAAUUAGGACUGGCCUGCAGUCCUGCACCCAAGUGAGAUCAUCAGUGGAUAUACCAAAGCUAUAAACAAGACUGUUGAGAUUUUAGGUGAGCUAGUAGAGAAAGGUUCAGAGAGUAUGGAUGUCAGGAUUAAGGAGCAAGUUAUCACCAGAAUGAAAGCUGCUGUUGCUAGCAAGCAAUUUGGACAAGAAGAUGUUUUGUGUUCCCUUACAGCUGAUUUAAUAUUAAUUGACCAUCCUAUGCAUUUUUUCCAGUGAGUGGUUAUUUUAUUAGCUCUUUGUCUAAUUGUGGCAACCAUUUUCUUCCCCCCUUUUGUACCGAAGGCAUGUAUCCAAGUUUGCUCCAAGAACCCAGCAAGUUUUGAUGCUGAUAAUGUGUGUGUUGCAAAGCUCUUGGGAGGAGGUCUGCAUAACAGCACAAAUGCAUAAUAGUUUGGGGUAUGGUUUUGAAAAACGAUGCAGUGGGAAGUAUAAAGCAAAUGGAGAAGGCAAAGGUAGCUGUGUUUGUUACAGGUGUUGAUACCUCAGCCACUGAAACAAAAGUAACUGUCUUAAUCCACAGUGCUGAACAGCUAGAGAAUUAUGCAAAAACUGAGGAAGCUAAGGUUGAGGAGCUCAUCAAAGCAGUGGCAGAUUCUGGUGCCAAAAUUAUUGUUAGUGGUGAAGCAGUUGGUGAAAUGGCAUUGCAUUUUUGUGAGCGUUACAAGUACAUCGACCUUCCUAGUUCUUUUUUUCUUUUCCAUAAUAAUUCUCAACUUUGUUCUUUCUUGUCUUCAUCAGAAUCAGAUGCAAGCUUACUAAAGGACUUUGAUAGUUGAUGGCCAAAAAAAAUGUUUGAUACACUAUUUUUGAUAUUUGUAGAUGUUUUUGUCUCGAUCCUCCAUAGCAUUGGCUUCUAAUUUUGAAGUUUCUCCUUGCAGGCUAAUGGUCUUAAAAAUCAGCUCAAAGUUUGAACUGCGAUGAUUUUGCCACACAACUGGUGCUGUUGCUCUUGUAAGCAAGUCAUUUCUAGAUUAUGUUAGGAACUGUAUAUUUUGCUCUCUAACAUACCUGAGUUUUUCCAAGAGUUGAAACUCAGCCAGCCAAAGCUAGAUGACCUGGGAUAUGUUGAUUCAGUUUCGGUUGAGGAAAUUGGUGGAGUUUAGGUCACUAUUUUACGAAGUGAAGAAGGUGGAAACAGAGUUUCUACUCUGGUUCUUCAAGGAAGUACUGAUAGUAUAUUAGAUCAUCUUAAGAGAGCCAUUGAUGAUGGAGUGAAUAUGUAUAAGGUGAUUCUGUUUAAUAAUUUUUUUCUUCUUUUUCUUCCAACCAGUUUGUAGUAUUUCAUCUCUAUAAACCUUGUCAUGUUCCAUUUUUGUUGGCCUUUGGAAUGGUUAAUUGUGUUCUUGUUAUAUGCGAAUUUCAUUGGCA